AAAACCCAAUACCGUCCUGGAAUGAUAAAGAAAUAAAAAACGAAGAUCAAGUCUGUAACCCUUUUUGUCUCAACUCUCAAUUACAACUUACAACUCUCUUUCUCUCUCUAAAUUAAUUCAAUUCGAUCUAUAAAGUUGACGAAAUAACACUCGCAAUUUCGGAUUUCCAUCCGCAAUCAUCUUUCGGAACUACAAGAACAGAUAAGAAGAGUGAGAGAAUAGGAUUGCGGGCCAAUUUACAACUUCUUCGAAGAGAUCGAAAACUUGGAUCUUUCUUUUACCAGGUUAAAUCUCUGUAAAUUUUGAGAUGUCGGGUCAAACCCAGCGCUUGAAUGUGGUACCAACUGUUACUGUGCUUGGUGUCAUCAAAGCUCGUCUUAUUGGUGCUACAAGAGGCCAUGCCCUCUUGAAGAAGAAGAGUGAUGCUUUGACGGUGCAAUUUCGUGCGAUUCUUAAGAAGAUAGUCUCUACUAAGGAGUCUAUGGGGGAUAUUAUGAAAACUUCUUCGUUUUCGUUAACGGAAGCGAAAUAUGUUGCUGGAGAGAAUAUUAAACACGUUGUGCUUGAGAAUGUCCAGACUGCGUCUCUUAAGGUUCGUUCUCGACAAGAAAAUGUUGCUGGAGUGAAGCUUCCUAAGUUUGAGUACUUCACAGAGGAGAACACCAAAAAUGACCUUACUGGAUUGGCUAGAGGUGGCCAGCAAGUGCAGCAGUGCCGUGGAGCCUAUGUGAAAGCUAUUGAGGUUCUUGUUGAACUAGCUUCUCUUCAAACGUCGUUUUUGACUCUUGAUGAGGCUAUCAAGACUACAAACCGAAGGGUGAAUGCCCUGGAGAACGUUGUGAAGCCGAGGUUGGAGAACACUAUUAGUUACAUUAAGGGAGAGUUGGAUGAGCUGGAAAGAGAGGACUUUUUCAGGUUGAAGAAGAUUCAGGGUUUCAAGAAGAAGGAGAUUGAGAAACAGCUUGCAGCUGCAAGGCUGUUCGCAGAGGAUCAAGUUGCAGAGAACAUGUCUUUGCAGAGAGGAAUUUCAAUCAAUGCAGCUCAUAAUAUGUUGGGCGACUCGCAGAAGGAUGAGGACAUAAUCUUUUGAUGCUGAGGUUAGUCUACUCAGCUUCAGUUUCUAUCUCGCAGCUGUGUGUUUCAGGUGGUUUGCUCUUUGUAGAAGAAGAUUCUUAUUCUUUAGUUGGACUAGCUUGUAUGUUUCAAAUAAAAGCAUCUGCCGAUCUCUUGUUAGAAUCAUUCAGAAUUCUUUUUUUCCAAUCACCUUUUGAAUAACUUUGGAUUCACACAUCAUUGUGAAUCAUUGUGAUUUAUUUAUCUUAUGAAGCCUAAUAUAUAUCGUCUUUUGGAAAAAAAGAUGGAAGCUUUUUCAUUA